AUGAAAAAAUCCAUCACAUUAGCAGAAAACAUCAGCGUGUAUGAAAUUCCUACAGUAACAAUACCGUCGGAUAUGGAAAGUAUAGACGAGAAAGACGAUGUUAAAGAACUCGAGCACGAGAAAUCGCUUAAAGUGGUUUUGCAAGAGAACUGGCAGUUAAUAAUGAAACUAUUAGAAUUGUUGAUGUGUGCCCUUUGCAUGGCUUUUAUCCACGACCCGGCGGAGACAUCCGGCAUGGGUAAAAGCCAUAUGGUUCACAUUGGAAUUAUGUACACCUCGUAUACGGGAUACAUGGUGAUUAAUUGUGUCUUAAUUAUCGGAAGGUCCUUGGGUGACAAAAUACCAUACAAAACAACAUCAUUAUUUUCGGUUGUAGGCGCAGCUCUGUUUCUCAUUACUUGUAUUUUGUUGACCGUGGAUCGAUUUUCCCUCAUGAAACAUUAUUUUUAUCAUCCGAAUAUGCAUCUUUUAACAAUGAUGACCACAUCGAUUGUAUUUGCAUUUAUCAACGUCGUCAUUUUAACUAUUGAUGCCAUGUUCACAUUUGUUAGGAAGGAAGAUUUUUGA